AUGACGUUAGAACUGAAGAAAAAUGGAUAUGACAUUGUCAUUGUGGGAGUUUACGCUCCGACAGAUGACGCAGAGGUUUUGAUUAAAGAUCAGUUUUAUGAGACUUUGACACAAGUUCUGACAAACAUCAAUCCAAAGAAAGAAAUUUUUAUCUUUGUUGGCUUGAACGCUCGUACUGGAUGUUUUAUGGAUAGGGCAGUUGUUGGAAAAUAUGGUGAAGAGGCACUCAACGACAGUGGCCAAAGAUUAAUUAUUACGGAUUAUGAAUGGAUUUUUUCCUCACAAAAUGAUACAUAA